CGCCCGGAGGAGUCCCCGCCGCAGCCCAGCUCUCGGUCUACCCCGCCGAGCAGCCGCCAGCUCGGGCUCGGGCCACCUCCCAGCCGCAGCCGCAGUCGGGGCGGCGCGGGAGGGGGGCGGGGAAGGGACCGUGGGAAUCGACCCCUUAUUUGGAUCUGGGGCGGGGGCAUCCACCACCUCUGACCCCACCAACCGCCAGCCCCUCGUCGCUUCCCAAGACGGUGGGAGCCGCUCUCGAGGAGGACGCGCGGUUCCCGGCCACCGCCGGGCAUCUCGGCGGCCAGUCAGGCUGGACACCGGGCACCUGCGACGCUUAGCCCCGCCGUGCCCCUGGGCAUCCGGAGCAGCGACUGUCUCCGGCGCCACCCAGCUUCCCGCGGCUGCGGGGCGGAGGGUGGGGGUGGGGGGCUCUGCCAGCUUUCCCCCUUCCCCGGCCCCCGGCCGGGACACCCCGUGAGCGCCCCGAGACCCCCCGCCCCACGCCAGCCGCUGUGGCCGCCGCGAUGCUGCCCUGGAGACGGAAUAAAUUCGUGCUGGUGGAGGACGAGGCCAAGUGCAAGACGAAGAGCCUGAGCCCCGGGCUGGCCUACACGUCGCUGCUCUCCAGCUUCCUGCGCUCCUGCCCGGACCUGCUGCCCGACUGGCCGCUGGAGCGCCUGGGCCGCGUCUUCCGCAGCCGGCGCCAGAAAGUGGAGCUCAACAAGGAGGACCCCACCUACACCGUGUGGUACCUGGGCAACGCCGUCACCCUGCACGCCAAGGGCGACGGCUGCACCGACGACGCCGUGGGCAAGAUCUGGGCGCGCUGCGGGCCGGGCGGGGGCACGAAGAUGAAGCUGACGCUGGGGCCGCACGGGAUCCGCAUGCAGCCGUGCGAGCGCGGCGUCUCGGGGGGCUCGGGGGGCCGCAGGCCCACGCACGCCUACCUGCUGCCCCGCAUCACCCACUGCGCGGCGGACGCGCGCCACCCGCGCGUCUUCGCCUGGGUCUACCGCCACCAGGCGCGCCACAAGGCCGUGGUGCUGCGCUGCCACGCCGUGCUGCUGGCGCGGGCGCACAAGGCGCGCUCCCUGGCCCGCCGACUCCGCCAGGCCGCGCUGGCGGCCUUCAGCGACUUCAAGCGGCUGCAGCGCCAGAGCGACGCGCGCCACGUGCGCCAGCAGCACCUCCGCGCCGGGGGCGCCGCCGCCCCGCUGCCCCGCGCCCCGCUGCGCCGCCUGCUCAACGCCAAGUGCGCCUACCGGCCGCCGCCCGCCGAGCGCGGCCGCGGCGCGCCCCGCCUCAGCAGCAUCCAGGAGGAGGACGAGGAGGAGGAGCCCGAGGAAGAGGACGACGACGACGGCGGCGAGGAGCAGGACCCCCACGCCGAGGAGCGCCCGGGCGCAGCCCCCCAGCGCGAACGGCCCGAGGUGCUCAGCCUGGCCCGCGAGCUGAGGACGUGCAGCCUGCGGGGCGCCCCGGCGCCCCUGCCGCCCGCGCAGCCCCGCCGCUGGAAGGCCGGCGGCGCCAGGGAGCGGGCGGGCCAGGCGCGCUGAGAGUCCCCGGACCCCGCGGCCCCCCCAGCGGCCCUCCGGACUCACAGCCUCCAGCCCAGUCCUGCCUGCUUUGGCUCCUCCUGGUCUCUGAUCCUGCCUCCCUCCGUGUCCUCCGUGGUGGUCGCCUCGCCCCUGGCUCAGGUGGAUACCUGGAAUGUUCUUGAUUACUAAGGUGGAUUGGGGGAGGGGUCGUCUCUCCCCACAUCUAGAGUUCCCUGGGUCCUCCCUUUGUGGAAAUAUCCCCCUUGCUUUACACCAAGGCCUUUUGCUCACGGACCUCCCCUCUCUCCUGGAAACAUCCUUCCCGGAGAAGGGGAAGCAAGCGGAGUUUCCAGAAACUCCAGGGUGAGUUGGGACCCCGCGGGAGGCAUGGCAGAGGCAGUGGCCCUGCCCUGGGUCCCUCUGGUCUUCUUCCUUGAAGAAGAAUUGCCAGAGGGAAAGGAUGGAGAGACAGACUGGGGAGAACCGAGGCCAGGCCCAAAGUGGGCACUACACCUGGGGCCCAAAACACGCAGGGAAGAACCGUCACCCUCUUGUCUCCACUCUCUGGAGACUAGGAUGGUCCCACCUCCUAGGGUUGGGCCUGGUAAGAUCUCUGCACCAGGCAGCUGCCCAAGCCUUUGCCUUGGUAUUCACCACGAUUUCCCACCCUACCCACUCUGCAGUAAUAUAAGUGACACCCACAAUCAGUGCCCAACAAGCAGGACCAAGAUGGGACCUCCAAAGGAGGUAAGGAGAUCCUUCGAUAGAUCUUAGGGACAGAGAUGCCCCAAGCCAAAGAUCUCGGAGCAGAUAGGUCGCUCAUAGGCAGAAGGAGGAGGAGGGUGUAUUCACCCAACAGAGGGGGUGGGCCCUGUUCAGGUGUCCCCACAAGGCCACAAAAAGCCCAAAGAUUUGUGUGUCACCAACUGAUCAUUGUAAAUAAAGUGGACCUGCUUUUUCAGCCCUGUCA